AUAACUGCAUGUGAGUUGAGUAAGCUAGAGUUCUCCCUAGACUUGAAUUGCUCAACAUAAAGGCACCAUAAAAUAUUUGCUGUCAGAUUCCACAUAAAGCACUUACAGAGUUCUUCUGCAGACUUGGAGCUCUUUGGAAGCCAAACAUUCCACAAUGAAGUUGUUUCUGGCUUUCCUGGUUGCAACGGGCAUCAUAGUGAAACUGGGUGAUGCAUACUGCUUUUCUGAAAAGAACAAGCCAGGGGAGGCCAUCAAAGGCUGUAUCAUGGAUGGAAAACUUUACCCCUUUGGAGAGAUUGCGAGGACAAAAAGUUGCUUCAGAUGCAGCUGCAGACCAGAUGCAAUGCACUGCUGCUCCCUCUUUCAUACUCCUACUGGUUAUGACAAAGAGAACUGUAAAGUCGUUUUCAACCAGAAAAGCUGUGACUAUGACGUGGUGCAGAAGAGCGACCCCUCAAAGGAGUGUUUUGUCUAUUCUCGUAGGGGCUAGCAACCCACCUGCACUGAAUAUCUCUGCACUGUGGAACUCCUCCCCUGCCUACAGAUGCUUUGCCAUCACAGAGAAGCUCAAAGACCUGGGAGAUCUCGAAAGAGAGGGUACUUCAGCAGCUCACUUCUAAUCUCCCAAUUGUUCUAAUUCAGUAUACAAGACGCAUAAUCAGAUUCAACGUCUCACUUCUGUCAUUACUUGCAUUGGUAUCACUGAACUUUUUUGAAUGCAAUAAAUCCAGAUGAAACAUCCAGAAACA